ACUGAUAAGAAAACCUUCAAAACUUUGCUCCAAAAUUCUCAAAUCAUUGGAAAAAUGAACUUUUUCCAGCUUUUCAUUAUUUUUAUCUCAUUUUUGGGUGUCAACUGCUCCGAAUGCAUCGACAAAAUGAUCACCUGCCCAGAUCUCAAGGAUCAGUGUGAUCAGAGUUUUGUUCGAAGUCAGUGCCAGCUAACCUGUGGAGAAUGUGCGCCUGAUCCGACUACCUGCAGUGACACUAAUUCGGAUUGUGAGAAGUUUCACGAAAUGUGUGUGAUGAUGCCAUAUAGGGAACAAUGCCCGAAAUCCUGUGGAAUAUGCGAUUCUCCCGCCCCAACCUGGUGCAUGGAUCAUUGGCCGGAAUGCCCAAAAUAUCAAGUUCCCUGCUCGGAAACUGAGAGAAUAAAGUGCCCCAGAAGCUGUGAUGCGUGCGGGAAUCCGUCCACAAAGGAGGCGUCUGUGACUACAACUAAUGGCCACCUGCAAAUUGGGACUACAAGAAGACUACAGGCUACACAGACUACAAAGAGUACAGAGACUACAGAGACUACAGAGACUACAAAGGCUAUAAAGACUACAAAGACUACAGAGACUACAAAAGCUACAAAAACUACAACUCCAUCAACUACCGUCAAAACCACGACUACAAAGCCAAAACCGCCGUGCACGGAUUCUUCGCCAAACUGCACAACCUGGGCGAAGAAUGGCUUUUGCACCAACACCUUUUACCCACCGGAGAAACGAAAGGAGUACUGCGGAAAGAUGUGCAGAAUGUGCUGACUUGGAAUAUUUUGGACAUAAAUUGUUAAUUUCAAUGUGCUAAUAAAUUAUUUAUAUGAUU